AUGCCCGCGUACAACGGCGGGCUGCCGUCGCAGACGCGCGACUCGCUCGAGCUCGCCUCUCUCGCCUCCUCCAGCGUCAUGCACGACAACGGCGGCGGCACCGCCGCCUCCACAUCCUCGGAACUGUCCUCGCGGCCCAGCAUCUCCUCCUCGCGACGCCUCUCCCUUGUCGAGGAGGAGGACCCCUUUGACCACGACAACCCCGCUGCGCGCGGCGCCGCCGACACGCGCCUCGGCCGCUCCUAUUCUACCUCGUCCACGUUUGACUUUGCCGCCAACCUGUUUCCGCUGUCGUCGACGGCGGCCGGCGUGGGCGGGUACGCGCCCAUCGGCGCGCCGACGUCGGGGCGUUCCCGCGGCGGCCUCGGCGGGGGCGCGCUCGAAAAACACAAGACGCUCACCUACCUCAACGGGCUGUCCCUGAUUGUCGGCCUCAUCAUCGGGUCCGGCAUCUUCUCUUCGCCCAGCCAGGUCAGCUCGCGCGUCGGGUCCGCGGGCGCUGGCCUCGUUGUCUGGGUUGUCGCUGGCGUUCUGGCCUGGACGGGCGGCGCCUCGUACGCGGAGCUCGGCGGCGCCAUUCCCCUCAACGGCGGCGCGCAAGUCUACCUCGCCAAGACCUUUGGCGAGCUGGCCGGCUUCCUCUUCACGUGGUCGGCCGUACUGGUGCUCAAACCCGGCAGCGCGGCCAUCAUCUCCAUCAUCAUGGGCGAGUACCUCGUGCGCGCCGUGAUUGGGGCCGAGGCCGAGACCAUCAGCCCCUGGGUGAGCAAGGCAGUCGCGCUCGUCGGCAUCAUGACCGUGACGAUGCUCAACUGCGUCUCCACGCGCGUCGGGACGAGGAUCAACGACAUGCUCAUGUUUCUCAAGUUUGUGGCGCUUCUCUUUAUUACCAUUACAGGUAUUGCGGUAGCGAUUACGGGACGUACUCUGACCGGUGAACCUACGCUCGAUUGGAAAGGGCAUGAUUGGUUCGAGGGCACUACGAGUGACUUGUCGGCUUGGGCUCUCGCCUUGUAUGCUGGUCUCUGGGCCUUUGACGGAUGGGACAACACCAACUACGUUGUCGGUGAAUUCCGCAAUCCCAGCCGCGACCUUCCGCGCGUCAUCCACACCGCCAUGCCGCUCGUCAUUCUCUCCUACGUUCUCGCCAACCUGGCUUACUUCCUGGUGCUGCCGCUGCCAGCCAUCAACGGCUCUAACACUGUCGCCGUGCUUUUCGGGUCUCGCGUGUUCGGCCCCGCCGGCGCCCUCGUCAUCGCCCUCAUCGUGAGCUUCAGCUGCUUUGGCGCCCUCAACUCAUCCACCUUUACCGCCGGCCGUCUGACCUACGUCGCGGGCAAGGAGGGCUACAUCCCGACCGUCUUUGGUCGCAUCGGAUUCGGCGACCGCCGCCUCGAAGACGGUCUUGCGACGCAACGCACCCGCUCCUGGCUGACCAAGAAGCUCCGCAGCUGGGUCGGCGACGAGGACACGGGGCUCUUUUACACGCCGGUCUACGCACUACUCCUCAACUGCUCCAUCACUGCGGUGUACUGCGUCGUCGGCGAGUUUUCUACGUUGGUUACGUUUUACGGCGUCGCGGGCUACACCUUUUACUUCCUGACCGUGCUCGGCCUUAUCGUGCUGCGCGUGGCUGAGCCCCAGCUUGACCGCCCCUACAGAACCUGGAUCACCACGCCCAUCAUCUUUUGCUGCGUCAGCCUCUUCCUGCUCAGUCGUGCCGUCUUUGCCCAGCCCCUGCAGACGCUGCUUGUUGUUGGCUUCGUGUUGGCGGGUAUACCGGUGUAUUUUCUACGCGUGCGUGGGCGGGAGCGCAAGAACAUGGGCGACCACGGCAAGAAGUGGUGGCAGAUUUGGAAAUAA